GGUGGGAACAGGGGCGAGGCCCCGGGCGGGCGCCGGGUAAAGUCAGCUCUUGCGAUUCACUUAGCGCGCAGAGCGGCGGAGGCGCGCAGUGAGACCUGGGCUCACGCGCUCCGACCGCUCCCGCGGCCCGAGGUCUUUCUCGCUCCGACGGCUCCGGCGGCCCGAGGUCCCGCCCCCACCAUGCGGCUGACAAGCGCUGGAAUGUUCCUGCUCCUGUUCAGCGCCCUGCAAGCCAAUGUUCAAGAGAAAGAAGUCAGGGCGCUGGUGGGCAGCGACGUGGAGCUCAGCUGCAUUUUCCCCGAAAGACACAGUUUUGAUUUAAAUGACCUUUAUGUGUACUGGCAAACCAGUGUCGUCGGCACACCGAAGACCGUGGUCACCUACUACCUCUCCGGGAACAGCUCCGCGGGCCACGAGGACAACCGCUACAGGGACAGGGCCCGGCUGUCGCUGGAGAGCAUGAAGCGGGGUGAUUUCUCUCUCCAUCUGCACAACAUCACCCCCCAGGAUGAACAGAGGUUCAACUGCCUGGUGUUUAGGAAAUCCCUGGAGUUAGAGAAGAUUCUGGAUGUCGUGGUGACGUUACACGUGGCAGCCAACUACAGCAUGCCCGUGGUCAGGGCCCCAAGCGGCCCCUCCGAGAAUGAGGAGCUGACGUUCACGUGCACGUCCAUGAACGGCUACCCGAGGCCUAACGUGUACUGGAUCAACAGGACGGACAACAGCCUGCUGAACGAGACCUUGCAGAACAACACGGUCUCCUUGAAUGCACAGGGCUUGUACGACGUGGUCAGUGUCCUGACGAUCCGGCGGACCCCCAGCGUGAACGUCGGCUGCUGCAUAGAGAAUGUGCUCUUGCACCAAAACCUGACGACGAUCAGCACUCAGGCAGGAGGACUCUGUGCUUCUCACCCUGCCCUGCCCAGGUGGCGGCGGCUGGAAAGGGCUGGGGUUCCAGGUCGCGAAAAGGUGGAGUUCCGCCCCUCCCCCCCGGAAGAGCCGCAGAUUUUAAACGUCACAAAGCAAAGCCAGGGAAGUUCUGAGGCCUCGGUGCCUCCCUCGGUUUUCUCCUGCUCAGGAUGGAAGGGGUCCCUCCCCUUUCCUCCCCACCCUUUCAGUCUUGUGUUAUUUUCCUCUCCCGUAGAAACGGUCACCGGAACGGAAUAUGGCAUCACCGAGAGCCAAGCCGAUGCCCCGAAGAAACAAGGGGCGGUCCUCAGCGCCCUCAUCGUGCUGGGCGUGGUCGUGGCCGUGGCCGUGGCUACAGGCUGGGUGUGCCGAAGCAGGUGCCCCCCGCGGGAUCCACGCAGGAGCUGGGCUGCAAGGCCAGAGCAGACGUUCUCUUCGACCGUGUCUGAUGAGAACUCACCACCCGGAGCGUGGACAGGGUUUCUGUGAGAUCCCACCAGGAGGGAUGGCGGAUGGCAGCUUGGGAAUUGACUCUGGCGGACCUGGUGGCCAAGAGGGGACCAUCUGCCCCCAUCGGUGCCAUUAACAAGGGGGCUUCACGGACACGGAGGCUCUCUGGCCUGGAAGGGACACGUAGGACCGUGCCUGAUCCCAGGGAGAAUGUUCCAGGUGCCGCCCGGAUCCUGGAACGAGGACCUCUCACAAGGGCCAACAGCUCCAAACGCACAUGCCCCCAAGUGAGCGGGCUCCCCGCCUUUGCUGCCAAAUGCAGGAGGAAGGUGCCUCGUGAUGGCUCCUCCCCCCGCCCCGGCCCCCCGGAGCCCACGGAACCCUUCUCAAUCCCAAAAACGCGUGGGGGUUUUGGGGGAUGGGGGCUUUCUGAGACCAGAGGAAGGGCGGCUCCUUUAGGAAGGAGUGAGGCGAGCUGGGUCUCCUCCAGGACCUCCCCUGCCGGCUGGAGGUCACUCAGGGCUGUUGUGAGAGGCGCACGCGCGGGGCCCCCUCCCCUCCUGCACCCUGAGCUGCGUGUGCGUGUGUGUGUGAGUACGUGUGUCUGUGCGUGUGUAAGUGUGUCCAGAAUGCAGGAACCGGUCAACACCGGAAGGUCCCUGGGAGCUACUUUUCCUCUGGGAUCUUCACCGGGGAGAAAACCUGACCUCGCUUGUCUUAGUCGAAAGCUGGAUGUCCCUCCUAAAAAGGCACAGUGGAGUUUUUUCGAGAAGACAACGUGCUGCUGGGACCAUCGUGACAGAAGCAGGGAAAAGAGCAGAACGCAGAAACUUGCUCAGGCAGGACUGGGGACCCGUGUUUCCAGUGGACACGGGCUUCACUGCGUGGCCAUCGAGGUCCUUCAACUUGGUGCCGUGACGCGCACGGAGGGGGCGCUCUCCCCGCAGAGUGGCAGCCGUUCCAAAUGUGGCACUAAUUCCAUGCCACCCUCCGCACCCGUCACCUUCCCCCGGGACCUGCACGGCUGCCGUGGAGCCCACGAGGCCCAGCGGGGGACGGGAGAGGCGCGGUGGCCCAAGUCCACCCAGGGGUGUGCGGCCCAUGGCCUCGACCCUCGCCGCGUGGUUUCCAUGUUGUUGCCCCCCCUGAAUCUAGCAGCUGACGUUUCUGGAAGGUUCUGCACAGCCGGCUGCCCACUAACCCUGGUGUGCACGCCCCUGGGAAAGGCGGUGUCCCGCCUGCGGUCAUUCAGCACUGGUGGCGGCCGUGAUGGCAAAAACAAGGACCAGGCUCAGUGGGAAUGCUGAGCCCAAUCCAUUGCAAGAAGCGUUCACUGUGUUUGUACCCAAAACUCCUUGCCUGGCUGUCACAGCGUGCUGUGGACUGCACCCAGACUUUACCCGAAAGCAUCAGGAGAGGCGUGUUCCCAAAGGGGGACGAGAAGGUCGCCGACUGGCAUCCGGAGCAAACAGCAGAAGGACCAUUUGGGUGCAGGCAGGGGCUGUGGAGCCCGCCUAUGGCCUCGGGCAGGGGUGCCGGCAUAGCCGCCCUCCCCAGGGGCCCCCCGAGUCCAGGCUGAGGGUCCCGCACCUCCUGCAGCCCGCCCGUCCGCAGCAGACCCUGGUCACUGGGCGCCCACCCAGACGGGACGGAACGGGGUCUGUUUCCAGCGCUCCCCUGUCCAAGCGGGCUUCUCCCUGGGGGUGGGGGGAAGGGGGGCCAGCUGCCCAGACCCCCAGCCGCUCUCCCACCACCGCCUGUUUGUGGGUCUGCCUGGACCCGGGGCUCCCAAGGGAUGCCAGCAGGGUCCCCCCACUCCCUCGGGCCUGGGAGGGUGCACAGUGACCCCUUGCCCUUUGGCCUGGACGUCUCUGUCCACUCCUUACACUGCACUGUGGACAGGCCGAAGGCCAGUGUUUUUACAUCUGUUUCUGGAAACCUGAUUUAUAAGAAUAACAAGACAGAAAGUGG